UGUAGACUUGAAAGAUCUAUUACCCAGCUGACAAAAAUAACGUCUAAGAACAUUUUGCUGAUGUUCCCAUUAAGCUGUGUUCUCUGAACAUUUAAAACAUUCAGUGUUUUCAAUUAGUUUUUUGUUGUUGUUGUUGUUGUUGUUUUGGUUAUGCGAAUGUUAACAUGCCAUUUUUAUAAUUUUGUAAACAUUAUGGAAACAUUACUUUUGAAUGUUCUUUUAACAGAAUUAACUUUUUUUUUUUUAAACUUAGAUGACCAUCCAACUUCAAUGUUCAAAAAGAAAAUGUUCAAUUUACAUUGUAUAACGUUUUUGUGCUAACGUUUUAGGAACAUUAUUAAAAACCAGGUAACUCCCCAGCUAACAAUUAUAUGUUCUGUGAAUGUUUUGCUAACAAUGUUCUCAGAAGGUCCGGUUUUUUUAAAUGUUUCAAAAACAUUUAAUCUUUGUUAUGGGAAGGUUAAUGGAGCAUGUAAACAUUAUGCAAACGUUAUUUCUGAAUGUUCUCUGAACGUUCUGAAACAAGUAGCAUUUAAAAAACAUUAUAUGAAGGUCCAACUAAGACAUAAGGUAUAAAAUGUUUUUGUGUUAACGUUUUGAGAACAUUCCCUGAUAGCACAUGAAGGAGACGUUUGACGUUUGCAUUUGCAUCUGCAAGAUGUAUUGUUUCUGUGUUUGCUCAUCUGCAGUACAUCUAUUGGACGUUUCCUAUCAGAUGUCAAAUAGACGUUGUCCUAUAUUAGAUGUAUAUGAUUUAGAAUGUAUGUUGAACUGACAUCUGAAAGACGUCUGUACACAGCAAAUGCUAUCCAGAUCAAAAGAUCUUUAACAGAUGUGUGCUAUCUGGGUUAGAAAAGACCAGCUAAGUAAACAAACAUUCUCUAAUGUAACUGGAAGAACGUUUGUUAACAUAACUUUGAGAGAACCUUGUCAGAACAUUCUGAGAACGUUCAUUAAUGUUUGACGGCUGACUUAUUUUUUAAAAGACAACGUUUUAAAGUUUUUGUUCACUUGAAUGCAAAGGUGAACUGUUUGCCAUUAUUACAAGCAGUCAUUAGUCACUGGCGUCUGGUGCUUUAAAAAGCUCUUCCAUUUCCACUGUCGUGAAUUAUUAAAAUAUAAAGAUGCAAAAGCAUUUCCCUUGAACCAAUAACCGCUAAUGCAAAAUUAAAGUCAUUUGAGCUGUUGAUACACACACAGACAGACAAUUUAGAGACCAUCUGUUUAUUCAGACAUCACAGAACAUUUCUGCCCACACUGCGUUGGUACUCAAAGCUAUCAGAGAGUUUCUGGUAUUGAUUUUAGCGGUAGAAGAAUCUGGCGGAGACCCAGAGACUCCUUCCGCGAAUAGCGGCGAUGAAGGAGGAACAGGAUGGCGUGUCUCAUCUUCAUCAUCCUCACAGUUAUGUGUGUAUUUGAGCGGAGUUGGAGUGUGUUGCAGGAUGGAGGUGAUGUGAGGGAGAGCUUGAGAUCUCUGGACUCUAUGGGAUCCGCGGAUCGAGACUGAAGGAAUGCGCGCCGGACUUUCAGACGUUCUCAGGUUCACAGAAUGAAAUAAACCCGUCUUCAGCAGUCGCCAUCAUGGUUUCAUCGCUGUUCAACAAAACGUUGGCGCAGAGUAACGCGACUCCGCUUUGCUUCUCCAUCAGCAGCACACCUUUCAGACACAACCACACCAUCACCUCGGCGUACUUCUCGGCGGUCUUCAGCAGCCUCGGCUUGAGCUCCAACCUCUUCGCUUUGGUGGUUCUGGCCAAGACCUUCCACCACACCAAGAGCCGCUCACGCUCCUCCUUCCUGCUCUUCCUUGGCGGGUUGGUCUUCACCGACUUCAUGGGGCUGUUGGUCACCGGGUCCAUCGUAGUGUCCUUCCACAUUACGCACUUCAACUGGCGCCAACUGGACCCUCAUUGCCACUUCUGCAACUUCAUGGGCAUGUCGAUGGUCUUCUACGGCCUUUGCCCGCUGCUUCUCGGCACAACGAUGGCUGUGGAGCGAUUCAUAGGCAUCAACCGACCCUUCGCCCGCUCCACCGCCAUAACCAACAGCAGGGCGUGUUUGACGGUGGCCAUGGUUUGGGUCACGGCCGGCUGCAUCAGUCUCCUGCCAUUGGUUGGAUUGGGAAGCUACCAUCUCCAGGUCCCCGGUUCCUGGUGCUUCCUCAACAUCAGCUCCAGACCACUGGAUAUGGCCUUCGGUUUGAUCUUCUCGCUCGUAGGUUUGCUGUCGCUGGCCGUGUCGUUCCUGCUCAACACGGUGAGCGUCGUCACCCUGCUGAAGGUGUGCUGCGGACAGGACAGCGCUCAACGGAGACGAGACUACGAAGUGGAGAUGAUGGUGCAGCUGAUUCUGAUCAUGACCAUCGCCUCCGUCUGCUGGUGCCCUCUACUGGUGUUUAUUGCGCAGACCGUGCUGUCGGGGAGCGAGCUCGACGUUCACCACCUGCUUCUCUGGAUUCGCUUUGCGACGGGGAACCAGGUCCUGGAUCCCUGGGUCUACAUCUUAUUCCGACGUGCAAUACUGAAGCGCAUCGCUCCCAGGAUGGACUGGUCCCGCGGCUCCAUCAUCAGCCUCUAUCCGACCAUCUCGACGUCCUUCCGCAAGCUCACACGCGCCUCUCUCGGAGGAACGACUGACCAUUUGGAUCGCGUCCGGCCGAAUCCAAGCAAAGCCAGACAAGAGGAUACGCCUCUACCUGUGUUGGAUGCCACUGCGAUGUCUAGUUCGAUUUAGCAGCCAAGACUAGCAUUUACUUUCUACUUCAUUAAUGAUUCGAUGUUUAAUGUGGCGCCCAAUGUAGGGUGUGACCCACCAUUUGAACACUUUUGUUGGUGCGUCGCUCUUCGGAGAGGUGCUGACGGCCGGCCUGGCCAAGAAAGUCUAGUUAGACACAUUCAAAGAGCGUAUAUUUGAGCUCUCAAGACGUGGCGAACUCACAUGAACUUGGAGAGCGAAGCUGUUGUAGAAACUUGAGUGGGAAAGUGGGCGGGGCUCGGUUUUUCCAGUUGGCCUUUGAUUGGAUGAGGAAAAACGAUGGUUGGUUGGAGGGGGAGGGGUUGGAAAAUAAGUAUGUGAUGUCACCCUGGGGGUGGAGCCUACAAUAGUGUCCACCCACUUUUUCAACAGUUCCUAAAGUUUUUCCCAUUCAAGUCUUUGAAAAUAUUUGAAAUUAGGACAAUUAGGAGAAUUUGAAAAAAUGUGUACUCAAUGGCUUAAUGGAAAAAAAAAAAACUUGAGGCGUUGAGUGGAAAAGUGGGUGGGGCUUAAUUUGACCAGUUGGCCAGUGAUUGGAUAAUGAAAAGUGACAGUUGGUUGAAGGGGGAGGGGUUCAAAACUAAGUGUGUUUGGUGAUCUCACUUUUGGUGUGAAGCCUUUGCACAAUAAUAUCCGUCCACUUUUUUAGCAGUUACUGGAGUUUUUCCUAUUCAUUUCCCAAUCAAGUCUUCGUUAAAGAUUUAAACCUAACCAUGAACAAUAACCAGUCAUCUAUGAGGUGAAUCACAACAUUACAAAGUCUGAUUUACAGCAAAAAAAGUAUUUGAAAAUUGGACAAAAAAGCCAGAAUAUGUACUUAAAUGGCUUUAAUAAUGUACAGUACAAGCUUGAAGGCUUGAGUAGGAAAGUGGGUGGGGCUUGAAUUUUACCAGUUGGUCAGUGAUUGGAUAAUGAAAAGUGACAUUUGGUUGGAGGGGGGGGGGACAGGACCUUUGCGCAAUAGUUUUUUGUGUUCAAAAUGUACAAAAUUAAUAUAAUAAGCGAGUACAUCAUGAAUCCAUUUUCCAAACCGUGUUCUUGGCUUGUCUUGAAUCACUACAGUACACCUAUAAUAAGUGUUACGUUACGUACAAAAGUUAAGGUCUACAAUGAAAAUGUACAGUAGAAACACGCAGACUGGGCUCGAUUUGGGAUGACUGAGCAGUUUUGGCUCACUUCCCAGACAAACACCCUCCUUUUCCUUUCUGAUAAGACUUUGAAGACCAUACACUUGGGUAAAAUGGCAGGCAACUUUCACCACAUAAGUGAUUCUUGUUUAUUUCUGGUCUUGUCAUGGAAUGUUCUUGUCUUUUGAGGAAUCAAACAAGUAUCAUUACCAGCACAAAUUUGGUUAUUCUUGUGUGAGGAGACACAAGGUUAGCAUCAAAUGCUGUCAGAGUGAAUAAUCUGUUUUGGUCUCUUAUUUAUAUCGCAUGUAAACCCGAGCAUUGCUGUGUGAAAAUCAUUAUUCAACCCUCUUGUGUUUGGAUUGCUUUGGCCAAUUGUUCUCUUAAGUAUUUGCAUAUUUGGUUGAGAUCAUUUUUGGCAAGCAGCGUCGCUAAUACCUAGCACACACUGCAAACAGAAUCUUAUCAGCUAGUGUGCACUAAACAACAUGUAUUUAUGGUCAUUUUUGCAUCAUAUUCCCAAAUUAUAGAGCUGUUUGGCCAACAGUUCCAUGUUUUGACUUGCGACAAAAAACAUGACUUGGACUCAGUGAACAUCUGGUGUCUGCGACUUCUCAAUAGUGAUCGCAUACAACUUGGUUACAAGCAAGGGGUUUUGCUCGCAGACUGUAAUCAUGAUGAUAAGCUUCUGUCUUGUAGAGUGCACUUGGCUAACAGGAAAACAAUUAAGGAUCAGUAAUGUCAACUAGAUUCAUAUCAGCUUCCUCGUUCUGCAACGUUCUGUUCACGGCUACAACUGCUAAUGCUAAAUAAGCAUUAGCAUGACUAACUACCUGCAAAUAAACCAUGUUAAAUGAUUCAAAUGAGUAACUUUGGUAAUAUGCUGUUUUUGAGAGUGAAAAGUGGGUGGGGCUUGAUUUGAUCAGUUAGACAGCGAUUGGAUGAUGAAAAGAGACGGUUGGUUGGAGGGGGAGGGGUUAAAAUAUGGGGCGGAGCCUUUGCACAAUAGAGUGCACAAUAUGCCCUGCCCAUUUUUCAGUAGUUCUUGGAGGUUUUCCCGUUCAUUUUGCCCAUAAAUGUCUUCGUUAAAGAGUUAAAAUCCACAAUCAAACCAGCAAGCUACGAGGUAAAUCAUAAAUCUCUGAUUUGAAACAAAAAAAGCAUUUGAAAAUUGGACAAAAAGACAAAGAUAAAAGAUAACAUACUUGAAGUACUACAAUCCCAUGAAGGAUUACGAAUGACAUAAUUGAAUUAGAAACAAUGGCAAAACAUUUUUUUUUUUUUUUUUUAACAAGUUGAAAUAAAGAGUUAAAAUACUGUGGAUAUACCAUCAAAUAACAACCGCGUAGCUCACAGUGGUUUUGUCUGUAACAUUUACCAAAAAAAAAAACGAAUAACGAGAAAAUGAAUGGGAUUUUUACUUCUGGACUCUAUAAGACCAAAAAUGAGUUUUAAAGUAAAUAGUGUCAAUUUUGAUUUAACGUUGACUAAAGAAAAUUUGUGAGCCAUUUUGGUGGCUCUCUUGCGAAUGUACAAAAAGUCAAUUUGUGGUAUGUUUUUAAUCUUUACACAUAUUCAAAUGUCACGUCAGGUCAUCUAAAAGGGUUGUAAAACAGGAUAUACAAUACUCAAAAACAUUUAGUAGAUUUUUACGUUAAAUAAACAUUGAAUGUGCAUAGAAUUGAUUAAAUAUUUAUCAUUCAUAUAUACACAAGCUAAUCGUGUCACAAGAUCUGUCAUUAAUCGUAAAAGAUCAUUCAUUUCACCAGUAACACGAUGUAUUUAUACAUAGCACAACAGAUGUCAAAACAAACAAAGGCUAGUCUAAGCUAAGCUAACAUCAUAAUUCUUCUAAAAGUCAAAGUUGUCAUGUAAAACACUUAAAAGAUUGGUUUAUAUCCUAGUUAGCUAUACACAUGGGUGGGAAAUACAGUUUGACCUACUUCAUACUGAUUUACACACUUGACGUUUGCAUUAGCAUGCCGAUUAGCCGCUAAUACCUUGACGUUCUCCUUCCUCGGGAUAAAGGUGGGAAUUGGGAGGAUUGUGUAUAUGAAAACAGAUGACAGACGUCACAAAUCAAGCUGAAUGUCUCUCAGAUGUCUGACGUACUCUGAAAAACACAGACGAGGAAAAGCAUGUGCUGGUGUGAGAUAGCGUUAGCCUGUAGUGUCUGACGUUAAGCUUCUAAUGGUGUUUGUCCGGCGUCAGGAAGAAAGACCUGCUAAUGGUUUUCUGUAAGAGUGUGUGUGUGUGUGUUUGAGAGCUGCCCGUAAAUAAAGCCUCCUGAAUGACCUGC